AAAAAAAUACAUUAAAAAAAUGUAAAAGUGAUACCAGAAGAAGAUCGCAAAACAAAAUUUUGCAUAACUUUUAGGAAAAUAACCGAAAAUCAGCUCAAAAAUACUUAAAUUUCCUUAAAUUAAAAGUUGUGCUGUGCCGCUAAGUGUUCGAAAACAGUUUUCACUAAAGCAAGUAGCUAGAAACGGAUUAUGAGCUCAAAGAAAAGUCCAUCCCCUUCGGCUGGGAAUCGAUCGGUCGAUGACUGCCUUCCUUCCACCUCGGGUAAAAAGCAAAAUUCCUCGUCAUCAUCUCCUGUCGAGGACAACAGCAGCAGCGGUAGCAGUAAAUCUAGCAUUAAUACUAGCGUCGAAAAACGAUCCACCCCAGUGGAACCAACCCCUUCCAAAUGGAUAAGUUUGAACGUUGGCGGAAAAGUUUUCACCACGACCCUGAGCACUCUCCUGAACAAGGAACCAAGCAGUAUGCUGGCCCGGAUGUUUGCCCAGGAAGACGCAAUGUGUCCCAGCGAUAAAGAUGCUCAAGGGGCCUAUCUCAUAGAUCGAAGCUCACAGUACUUCGAACCGAUUCUGAACUACCUCCGUCACGGGCAGUUGAUAUUCGAUGGACAUUUGAGCCCGGAAGGAAUUCUGGAGGAAGCCAAAUUUUUCGGCAUUGAAGGUUUGAUUCCGCAGCUGGAAAGUUUGGUUCAGCAGCAGCAGGCGGCCAAUAUGGAGGACCUUCCCUUGACCCGACGAGAUGUCAUCAGCGCCCUGAUCAAGACUUCCCACAUGACGGAACUCCGCUUCCAGGGGGUGAAUCUGGCUGGUGCCGACUUGAGAAAGUUGGAUUUGCGUCACAUAAAUUUCAAAUAUGCCUGCCUUCAGCGGUGUAACCUUUCACUGGCCAAUUUGAACUACUGUUGCCUGGAACGGGCGGAUCUUAGCUUUGCCAACCUGGAAGGGGCUCAGCUGCUGUCCGUGAAGGGACUUUGUGCUAACAUGGAGGGAGCCAAUCUGCAGGGGUGUAACUUCGAGGAUCCAUCUGGGGUGCGGAGUAAUCUGGAAGGGGUCAAUUUGAAGGGUGCUUGCCUGGAGAACAGCAACAUGGCUGGCGUGAAUUUGCGAGUGGCCAACCUGAGGAACGCCAAUUUGAAGAACUGCAAUCUGAGGGCAGCAGUGCUGGCUGGGGCAGAUUUGGAGCGGUGCAAUUUAUCUGGAAGCGACCUACAGGAAGCUAAUUUACGCGGGGCCAACUUUAAGGACGCUCAACUGGAGUUAAUGCUGACUCCGUUGCACAUGUCUCAAGCCAUACGAUAAGCUGUAUCACCACGAAUCUGCUGUAGGGCUUUAAUACUUGAUGAUUCGGAUAUUUAAGUUUUCGGGUGAUUCAUACAGAUUCUCACGCGCUAUGAAAUUCUGUUAUUGUAUAAGGCUAGUAAAAUAUCACGCCGACUGAUUGCACGUGGAUCGAACAUUUUUUCUAUUUUGUAACGGAAUCGUUCUUCCGUUUGAUAUGAUCAGCUUCGCCGGUCUCGUAACAACUGCAGUGUUUGAUAUACAGGUAUGGGCUUAAUAUUUAUUAACAUGUUUCCGAUGCAAUAAUUGAAAUCAGCCUCAUAUAAGUGUGGCAAUACGAUAAUAGACAACACUAUUAUAAUUAAAAAACUAAGAAUAAUUAACAACAAAUAAAUGGGAAAACAUAAUCGAA